AUGAUUAAAAAAUCUCAUUUUUCGUUUUUUGUUUCUUCUCUUUUUUGUAUAUUUUCUUUCUUUCUUACGUCAAGUUAUCUUUUUCUACUCUGUAUAUUUCUUUCUUUCUUUCUUUUCCUUUAUCUUUUCUACUCUAUAUGUUUCUUUCGUUCUUUCUUUCCUUUAUCUUUUUUUCUACUCUGUAUGUUUCUUUCGUUCUUUUCUUUUUCUUUAUCUUUUUCUUUCACUCUGUAUGUUUUUCUUUCUGUAUUCUUUCUUUUUCUUUAUCUUUUUCUACUCUGUAUAUUUCUUUUUUUCUUUCUUUCUUUCCUUAUCUUUUUCUACUCUAUAUGUUUCUUUCUUUCCUUAUCUUUUUCUACUCUGUAUGUUUCUUUCGUUCUUUCUUUCCUUAUCUUUUUCUACUCUGUAUGUUUCUUUCGUUCUUUCUUUCCUUAUCUUUUUCUACUCUAUAUGUUUCUUUCUUUCUUUCUUUCCUUAUCUUUUUCUACUCUAUAUGUUUCUUUCGUUCUUUCUUUCUUUAUCUUUUUUCUACUCUGUAUGUUUCUUUCUUUCUUUUUUCUUUUUCUUUAUCUUUUUCUUUCCUUAUCUUUUUCUACUCUAUAUGUUUCUUUCGUUCUUUCUUUCCUUAUCUUUUUCUACUCUGUAUGUUUCUUUCGUUCUUUCUUUCCUUAUCUUUUUCUACUCUGUAUGUUUCUUUCGUUCUUUCUUUCCUUAUCUUUUUCUACUCUGUAUGUUUCUUUCGUUCUUUCUUUCUUUCCUUUCCUUUUCUUUUCUCUGUAUGUUUCUUUCGUUCUUUUCUUUCCUUAUCUUUUUCUACUCUGUAUGUUUCUUUCGUUCUUUUCUUUUUCCUUAUCUUUUUUCUAUCUUUUUCUUUCUUUCUUUCCUUAUUUUUUCUUCUGUUCUUUCUUUCUUUUUCCUUUUUUUCUACUCUAUAUGUUUCUUUCUUUCUUUCUUUCCUUAUCUUUUUCUACUCUGUAUGUUUCUUUCUUUCUUUCUUUCCUUAUCUUUUUUUCUACUCUAUAUGUUUCUUUCGUUCUUUCUUUUCCUUAUCUUUUCUACUUAUAUAUUUCUUUCUUUCUUUCUUUCCUUAUCUUUUUUCUUUCUCUUCUAUAUUUUUUUCUUUCUUUUCUUUUUCUUUAUCUUUUUCUACUCUGUAUAUUUUUUCUUUCUUUCCCUUCUUUUUCUACUCUGUAUAUUUUUUCUUUUUCUUUCCUUAUCUUUUUUUCUUUUUUCAUAUUUCUUUCGUUCUUUCUUUCUUUUAUCUUUUUCUACUCUGUAUGUUUCUUUUUCUUUUUCUUUCUUUCCUUAUCUUUUUUCUCUACUCUGUAUGUUUCUUUCGUUCUUUCUUUUCCUUAUCUUUUUUUUCUACUCUGUAUAUUUCUUUCUUUCUUUCUUUCCUUAUCUUUUUUCUACUCCUAUAUUUUUUUCUUUCUUUCUUUCUUUUUUUCUACUUAUAUAUUUCUUUUUUCUUUCUUUCUUUAUCUUUUUCUAUCUGUAUUUCUUUCUUUCUUUCUUUCCUUAUCUUUUUUUCUACUCUGUAUGUUUCUUUCUGUUCUUUCUUUCCUUAUCUUUUUCUACUCUGUAUAUUUCUUUCUUUCUUUCUUUUUCUUUAUCUUUUCUCUCUGUAUGUUUCUUUUCUUUCUUUCUUUAUCUUUUUCUACUCUAUAUUUUUUUUCUUUCUUUCUUUCCUUAUCUUUUCUACUCUGUAUUUUUUUUUUCUUUCUUUCCUUAUCUUUUCUACUCUGUAUAUUUCUUUCUUUCUUUCUUUCCUUAUCUUUUUUCUACUCUGUAUGUUUCUUUUUCUUUCUUUCCUUAUCUUUUUCUACUCUGUAUCUUUUUCUUUUUCUUUCCUUAUCUUUUCUCUGUAUUUUUUUCUUUCUUUCUUUCUUUCUUUCCUUAUCUUUUUUCUUUCUUUACAUAAAUGUUUCUUUCGUUCUUUCUUUCUUUAUCUUUUUCUACUCUAUAUGUUUCUUUCGUUCUUUCUUUCCUUAUCUUUUUCUACUCUGUAUAUUUCUUUCUUUCUUUCUUUCCUUAUCUUUUUUCUCUAUAUUUCUUUUUCGUUUCUUUUCUUUCUUUAUCUUUUUCUACUCUGUAUGUUUCUUUCGUUCUUUCUUUCCUUAUCUUUUUCUACUCUAUGUUUCUUUCUGUUCUUUCUUUCCUUAUCUUUUUUUCUACUCUAUAUGUUUCUUUUCGUUCUUUCUUUCCUUAUCUUUUCUCUCUGUAUAUGUUUUCUUUCGUUCUUUCUUUUUCCUAUCUUUUUCUUCUUUCUGUAUAUUUUCUUCUUUCUUUUCUUUCUUUCUUUCCUCUUUUCUACUCUGUAUAUUUUUUCUUUCGUUCUUUCUUUCCUUAUCUUUUUCUACUCUGUAUGUUUCUUUCGUUCUUUCUUUCUUUAUCUUUUUCUACUCUGUAUGUUUCUUUCGUUCUUUCUUUCCUUAUCUUUUUCUACUCUAUAUGUUUCUUUCGUUCUUUCUUUCCUUAUCUUUUUCUACUCUAUAUGUUUCUUUCGUUCUUUCUUUCCUUAUCUUUUCUACUCUGUAUGUUUCUUUCUUUCUUUCUUUCCUUAUCUUUUUCUACUCUAUAUGUUUCUUUUCUUUCUUUUUUUUUUUUCUAUUAUUCUUUCUCUCUUUCUUUCUUUCCUUAUCUUUUUCUCUGUAUAUUUCUUUCUUUCUUUUCUUUUCCUUAUCUUUUUCUACUCUAUAUAUGUUUCUUUCGUUCUUUCUUUUCUUUUAUCUUUUUCUACUUAUAUAUUUCUUUCUUUCUUUCUUUCCUUAUCUUUUUUUCUACUAUAUGUUUCUUUCGUUUCUUUCUUUCCUUUAUCUUUUCUGUAUAUGUUUUUUCUUUCUUUCUUUUUCCUUCUUUUUUUACUCUGUAUAUUUCUUUCUUUCUUUCUUUCCUUAUCUUUUUCUACUCUAUAUGUUUCUUUCUUUUUUCUUUCCUUAUCUUUUUCUACUCUGUAUUUUUUUCAUUUCUUUCUUUUAUUUUUUCUUGCUUUUUUUCUUUCUUUCUUUCUUUUUCUUAUCUUUUUCUACUCUGUAUAUUUCUUUUCUUUCUUUUCUUUCCUUAUCUUUUUCUACUCUGUAUGUUUCUUUCUUUCUUUCUUUCCUUAUCUUUUUCUACUCUAUAUGUUUCUUUCGUUCUUUCUUUCCUUAUCUUUUUCUACUCUGUAUAUUUCUUUCUUUCUUUCCUUAUCUUUUUCUACUCUAUAUGUUUCUUUCGUUCUUUCUUUCCUUAUCUUUUUCUACUCUGUAUAUUUCUUUCUUUCUUUCUUUCUUUUUUUUUCCUUUCGUUCUUUUCUUUCCUUAUCUUUUCUACUAUGUUUAUUUCUUUCUUUCUUUUUUCCUUAUCUUUUUUCUACUUUUCUAUAUGUUUCUUUUCUUUCUUUUCUUUUUCUACUCUGUAUCUUUUCUUUCUUCUUUCUUUCCUUAUCUUUUCUACUCUAUAUGUUUCUUUUUUCUUUCUUUCCUUAUCUUUUUCUACUCUGUAUAUUUCUUUCUUUCUUUCUUUCCUUAUCUUUUUUCUACUAUAUGUUUCUUUCGUUCUUUCUUUCCUUAUUUUUUCUACUCUUUUCUUUCUUUCUUUCCUUAUCUUUUUCUACUCUAUAUAUUUCUUUCGUUCUUUCUUUCCUUAUCUUUUUCUAAUCUUAUGUUUCUUUCGUUCUUUCUUUCCUUCUUUUCUACUCUUUAUUUCUUUCUUUCUUUCUUUCCUUAUAUCUUUUCUACUCUUAUGUUUCUUUCUUUCUUUCUUUCCUUAUCUUUUUCUACUCUAUAUGUUUCUUUCUUUCUUUCUUUCUUUAUCUUUUUUUUCUCUGUAUGUAUUUUCUUUCUUUUCUUUUUUAUCUUUUUUCUACUCUGUAUAUUUCUUUCUUUUCUUUCUUUCUUUCGUUCUCUUUUCUUUUCUAUAUGUUUCUUUCUUUCUUUCUUUUCCUUAUCUUUUCUACUAUAUUUUUUUCUUUCUUUCUUUCCUUAUCUUUUUUCUACUCUGUAUAUUUCUUUCUUUUCUUUCUUUCCUUAUCUUUUUCUCUAUAUGUUUUUCUUUUCUUUUCUUUCCUUAUCUUUUUCUACUCUGUAUAUUUCUUUCUUUCUUUCUUUCCUUAUCUUUUUCUACUCUAUAUGUUUCUUUCUUUCUUUCUUUCCUUAUCUUUUUCUACUCUGUAUAUUUCUUUCUUUCUUUCUUUCCUUAUCUUUUUCUACUCUGUAUGUUUCUUUCGUUCUUUCUUUCCUUAUCUUUUUCUACUCUGUAUAUUUCUUUCUUUCUUUCUUUCUUUAUCUUUUUCUACUCUGUAUGUUUCUUUCGUUCUUUCUUUCCUUAUCUUUUUCUACUCUGUAUGUUUCUUUCUUUCUUUCUUUCCUUAUCUUUUUCUACUAUGUUUCUUUCUUUCUUUCUUUCCUUAUCUUUUUCUACUCUGUAUGUUUCUUUCUUUCUUUCUUUCCUUAUCUUUUUCUACUCUGUAUGUUUCUUUCGUUCUUUCUUUCCUUAUCUUUUUCUACUCUGUAUAUUUCUUUCUUUCUUUCUUUCUUUAUCUUUUUCUACUCUGUAUGUUUCUUUCGUUCUUUCUUUCCUUAUCUUUUCUCUCUAUAUUUCUUUCGUUUCUUUCUUUCCUUAUCUUUUUACUCUGUAUAUUUCUUUCUUUCUUUCUUUUCUUUUAUCUUUUUUCUUUCUUUCCUUAUCUUUUUUCUUUCUUUCUUUCUUUCCUUAUCUUUUUUCUACUCUAUGUUUUUUCGUUCUUUCUUUCUUUAUCUUUUUCUACUCUGCAUAUUUCUUUCUUCUUUCUUUCCUUAUCUUUUUCUACUCUAUAUGUUUCUUUCGUUCUUUCUUUCCUUAUCUUUUUCUAUCUUUUUUUCUUUCUUUCUUUCCCUUAUUUUUCUACUCUUUUGUUUCUUUCGUUCUUUCUUUCCCUUUUUUCUACUCUGUAUAUUUUCUUUCAUUCUUUUUUUCCUUAUCUUUUUCUACUCUGUAUGUUUCUUUCGUUCUUUCUUUCCUUAUCUUUUUCUACUCUUAUUUCUUUUUUCUUUCUUUAUCUUUUCUCUAUGUUUCUUUCGUUCUUUCUUUCUUUUAUCUUUUCUUUAUUUCUUUUUUCUUCUUUCCUUAUCUUUUCUUUAUUUUCUUUCUUUCUUUCUUAUCUUUUCUUUUUAUACUCUGUAUAUUUCUUUCUUUCUUUUUCUUUCCUUAUCUUUUUUUCUCUCUAUGUUUCUUUUUCUACUCUGUUCUUUUCUUUCCUUAUCUUUUUCUACUCUGUAUUUCUUUCUUUCGUUCUUUCUUUCUUUAUCUUUUUACUCUAUAUGUUUUCUUUCUUUCUUUUCCUAUCUUUUCUUUUUUCUGUAUGUUUCUUUCUUUUCUUCUUUCUUUUUCCUUAUCUUUUUCUUUCUCUAUAUUUUCUUUCUUUCUUUCUUUCCUUUUCUUUUUCUACUCUUUAUUUCUUUUUCUUUUUUCUUUCUUUAUCUUUUUCUACUCUGUAUAUUUUCUUUCGUUCUUUCUUUCCUUAUCUUUUUCUACUCUGUAUAUUUCUUUCUUUCUUUUCUUUCCUUAUCUUUUCUACUCUAUAUUUUCUUUCUUUCUUUCUUUCCUGUAUCUUUUCUUUCUGUAUUUUCUUUCUUCUUUCUUUAUCUUUUUUUCUUAUCUCUAUAUGUUUCUUUCUUUCUUUCUUUCCUUAUCUUUUUCUACUCUGUAUGUUUCUUUCUUUCUUUCUUUCCUUAUCUUUUUCUACUCUAUAUGUUUCUUUCGUUCUUUCUUUCCUUAUCUUUUUCUACUCUGUAUGUUUCUUUCGUUCUUUCUUUCUUUAUCUUUUUCUACUCUGUAUGUUUCUUUCGUUCUUUCUUUCCUACUCUAUAUUUUUUUUCUUUCUUUCCUUAUCUUUUUCUACUCUAUGUUCUUUCUUUUUCUUUUCUUUUUCUUUUUCUUUUCAUCUGUUUUUUCUUUCUUUCUUUCUUUUUUCUUAUCUUUUCUACUCUGUAUGUUUCUUUCGUUUUUUCUUUCCUUUCUUUAUCUUUUUUCUUUCUUAUCUUUUUUCUACUCUAUAUUUCUUUUCUUCUUUCUUUCCUUAUCUUUUUCUACUCUGUAUUUCUUUCUUUUUUCUUUCUUUCUUUUUUCUUAUCUUUUUUCUUUCUUUUCUCUUUUUUUUCUACUCUGUAUGUUUCUUUCGUUCUUUCUUUUUCUUUAUCUUUUUUCUACUGUUAUUUUCUUUUUUCUUUCUUUCUUUCUUUAUCUUUUUUCUUUUUUCUUUCUUUAUGUUUUUAUUUUCGUUCUUUCUUUCCUUAUCUUUUUUCUACUCUGUAUGUUUCUUUCUUUCUUUCUUUCCUUUCUUUUCUACUCUGUAUGUUUCUUUUUUCUUUUUUUCCUGUUUUUCUACUCUAUAUUUCUUUCUUUCUUUCUUCUUUCUUUAUCUUUUCUACUCUGUAUGUUUCUUUCGUUCUUUCUUUCUUUUUUUUUCCUUAUCUUUUUCUUUCUUUUCUUUUUUUUUUUUUUACUCUGUAUGUUUCUUUCAUUCUUUCUUUCCUUAUCUUUUCUACUCUGUAUAUUUCUUUCUUUCAUUCUUUCUUUCUUUAUCUUUUCUACUCUAUAUUUCUUUUUUCUUUCUUUCCUUAUCUUUUUCUUUUCUAUUUUUCUUUCGUUCUUUUUUCCUUUCUUUCUUUUUCUGUAUAUUUUUCUUUCUUCUUUCUUUCCUUAUCUUUUUUUCUCUGUAUGUUUCUUUCUUUCUCUUUCUUUUCCUUUCUUUUUUCUUUCUCUAUUUUUUCUUUUUCUUUCUUUUUCCUUAUCUUUUUUCUACUCUAUAUGUUUUCUUUCUUUCUUUCCUUAUCUUUUUCUACUCUGUAUUUUCUUUUCUUUCUUUCUUUCCUUAUCUUUUUCUACUCUGUUUUUUCUUUCUUUCUUUCUUUCUUUAUAUUUCUUUUUCUUUUUUCCUUAUCUUUUCUGUAUAUUUCUUUCUUUCUUUCUUUCCCUUAUCUUUUUUCUACUCUGUAUAUUUUCUUUUUCUUUCUUUUUCUUAUCUUUUCUACUCUGUAUGUUUCUUUCUUUCUUUCUUUCCUUGUCUUUUUCUACUCUAUAUGUUUCUUUCGUUUCUUUCUUUCGUAUCUUUUCUACUCUGUAUAUUUCUUUUCUUUCUUUCUUAUCUUUUUCUUUGUAUAUUUCUUUCGUUUCUUUCUUUUUCUUUAUUUUUUUUCUCUUAUCUUUUUUUCUACUCCUUGUAUAUUUCUUCUUUCUUUCCUUUUUUUUUUCUUUUUAUUUCUUUUCUUUCUUUUUUUCUACUCUGUAUUUUCUUUCGUUCUUUCUUUCCUUAUCUUUUCUUUCUGUAUAUAUUUCUUUCUUUCUUUUCUUUCCUUAUCUUUUUUUCUUAUAUUUUCUUUCUUUUUUCUUUCUUUCCUUAUCUUUUUUCUACUCUAUUUCUUUCGUUUCUUUCUUUCUUUUUUUCUACUCUGUAUAUUUCUUUCUUUCUUUCUUUCCUUAUCUUUUUCUACUCUAUAUAUUUCUUUCGUUCUUUCUUUCCUUAUCUUUUUACUACUCUUUAUGUUUCUUUAA